AUGUGCAUCCCAAAGUCGAAUCACAAAAAACUCGUCGACGACUGUUAUCCGCCUCCCAAGGCUCUCAUCACUUCCGCUCCCGAGUACCGUCCCAAUUCCAACGAGCUCGGCCGUCUUACCUACUAUGCCCAGAACAAACCCGCCAAACUCACAAAGGUGGGCAAUCUCCUCGAGUCCAAGGCGCAGGCGGAUGCUCGCGCUGCCAAAGCUUCCGGCCCUGCCGCUGACAAGGGCAAGGCGGCCCUCAUGAUCACGCUCGCCAUCACCAAGAACCUGCUCACCGAGUGCAAGAACUCGCUCAACUACUUUAUCAAGCCCUCGCAGUCCAUCAUCGCCGCCGCUCUCGACGCUGCACAGCCUACAUCCGCGCGUCCACGCGAUCUCGAGAUCAGCGCUCGAGCUGCCAGCGCCUUUUACGCCCUCGCUUCCUUCCUCGACCCUGCCUCCUCUGUGGUCGACGAAGGUUUCCAACGCCUUUUGCGCUCCUUUGCUUUGCUUGCUGUGGAACGUCCCCUCGGCGCAGAUGCUACGCUUGGCGAAGACGCAGAGCAGCGCAACCGUACUCGACUCAUCGGCCUGGGUGCGCUUGCUGGAGCCGUCGCCUCGGACGCCAUCUACUCGUCCAACUUUAAGCAGCUUCUUUCACUCCUCACUCCCGCUCUUGUCGAGAACGCAAAGGCCAACCGCGUCACUCUUGAUUGGCUUCGCAGCGAGUCCAACAAGGCCACCGAAGGAGAGCCUACAUACGCCGAGUUCAACAUUGCCAAAAAGCCGCUUGCCAUCCGUCGCACACGUUCCAUCUCAGCCCACGUCGCCGGAGAAAAGGGUCCCUCCUCCGAGGACGUCAUCUCGGCCGCCAUCGGCACUCUUCGUGGCCUCCUUCGUCAUGCAGAUGCAGCCCAGGUGCAGAGCAUCGUGCAGAAUGUCAUUGCUUGGCUCGACAACAAGUCCGCUUUGUCCAUCCCAGUCCCCAAGGACGGUCGUCAGCUUGUCUCUCACUGGGAUGACCCUGAAUGGUGCUGCUGGCUUGCAGAGUCCCUCUGCAGCUGGACCUCGCUCCAGUACCGAUUCGUAGUGCUCGAUACGCUUGUAGACCACCUCGCCGAGAAUGGCGAGGGCAAGGCCACCAACAAACACCUCUCGCUCAUCCAAAUGUCGCGCACCAUCCUCACCGGCCAGCUCAGCUUGAUCGGUCUCAGCACCUCGGACACUCUCAGCAAUCUCUGUGCUCUCGCCGUCCGCAGAGUGUACAAGGACACGCGCGAUAGCCUCCUGCCUCCGCUCGUCGACUGCAUCAGCGGCCUUGGAACGCACGUCUACUAUGCCGACCAGAUCAACGACAUUGUCGAAGAGAUUUCUGGCCGUAUCGCCGCGCUCCAGAUGCCUGAAUCCAUCUCGGAUGCUGCUUCCGUCAAGGCGAGCAACAACCUCGGUGCGGUCCACCGUGGUCAGCAGCAGGACCUCAGCAGUCACCUUCAUCGACAGCGUCUUGCCAACGCCGGUCCCGAACAACGCGACGAGAGCAUUCGUGUUCUUCUCUUCUGUCUCCAGGGCGUGCUCAAAGCCACACAUCAGUCCAGCGGAGAGAUCCACGAGGCUGUCGAUGUCAAGUCUAACGGGGCAGAAAAGGGCAAGGCAGCAGCCGCCUCGACCGACAGCAAGAUCGGUUUGGCCCACGCCGGCACACGCAACCGUGUCGCUCCCGCUUCGAUCCUUCCUACUGCCAGCCUCCUCGCUUCGCCCAACCACGCCGUGCGUCUCGCGUACGCCCAGACGCUCAUCACUCUUUUCCGAGACGAAUUCGACCGCGAGCAGCUCGAGCGCGAGAGUGCCGUGUUCGCUGCCGCUCCCAUCGGCGAAAAGGUGAGCGAUGCGAUCGGCGUUGUGCAUGCAAUUGGUGCUGCUGCCCACGUCAUGUGCCUCAGCAAGAGCCUUUCGCCGCCUGCUCAGGUGCUCGGCAACCUGCGAGAGUCGCCGCUGGAGCUUCUGCCCCAAAUCGACCGCAUCAAUGCGGAUCCUGGUCGGCCUGGCUCGCUCAGCAGCGGCGGCUCGGGCACACCAGCAGCCGAAUCGACUGCAGCACUUCCCGUCGACUAUGUCGCUGUGGCUCAAGCGCUCGAGCAUGCGGUCACUGCGCUACCCUGCAGUGCCGCGCUGGCUCUGACACCUAUGCUGGUUGCACUCGACAAGGAUGCAGGCAGCCGCCUGACGGUACACGGCGCUACGGUCAAUACUGGACUCGAGAACCAGCGCCGUCUUUCAUCGCGCAUGGUGGCAGCUCGUGUGCUGGCCAAGCUUGGCGAGACGUUCGAUACCGAUUCCGUAUCUCGCGCCGCCCAGGGUGUCUUGUCUCAGAUUCCCUCGCUCGGCAUCGAGCCUGGACCGUCGCCGGUGGGUGGUCUGACCUUGCCUUCCGAGGUUGUGCCCUUUUCGGCGGUGGGCAGCAUCAACCAACUCGGAGAGUCGAGCAGCAGCAGCUCGCCGUCGUUGAACGGCGCUUUAGUUAUCAACAGUCUUGCUUCCAGCUCGAAGCUGCAGUCGGCUACGCAGCUCGAUGCCGCAACGCUCAAGCGCUGGUUGGAGCGCGAUUGGAACGUCGGCAUUGCUGUGGACGAAGCCUUUGCUGGCUCCAGCCCAUAUGCGCACUCGUCGCUUGGGACUGGUUCGCAGCAGGCCUCUCGCCGUCCGUCGUACACGCCCAUCAACGGGCUCAGUGCGGGCGGAAAUGCGUUUGUCAACGGCAGCAACGCAUCGUCGGCCUCGGUCAACAAGAACAGCCGUAUCAGCAUGCAGGCGCCUUCGACAGGUGUCAAUGACCUGCGAGAGGCUCUGGGAACUGCUGCGUCCCUCUCGUCAAAGCAGGCCAACGGCACCACUCAAGACGGAUCUCUGAGCACCGAUCGCCGUGCCAGCCGGAGGGAGUCGCGUCGUGGACCCGUGGUCACGAGCGCCAAUGGCAGCAACGGUACCAGUGCGGUGGCCAUCCUCGACUCGCUCAAGGUAGGUGUCGACGAGGAUGCGUCGCGACUCGGCCGAGAUACCUCCUGGUCGGCCAUUCCGGCCAAAGGUAUCACAAACGGCACUGCGCCCAUCAGCCCGCCAUACACGUCGUAG